UUCUCUUUGAUUUGCCCCUGAUUUGGCAUUUUGAGGUUAAAGUUGUUAUGGUAUUUUCAUUUAAUUUAAAUUCUAACUUGUAAGUUAAUAAAAUGCACCAAGGUGGAUGUAAUAAAACAAUAACUUACGCUAAGUGAUAAACAUAACCGAAAUAUAUAAGUUAAUUCAUUUAUUCAUGGAGGAGACAACUAAAAAUGAACCAAAAAAGAAUGGGUUCUCGAAUGGUUUAGUCAAAGCAAUUGAAUUAAAAUUAGAACGAAGUUAUCAAAAUGUUACUGUCUUGGAUUUGAGUCGAAUAUAUAAUAUACAAGGUAAAGAUGAAGAUAUAAAACUUCCGCCGGGUCUGAAAGAAUUAUGCCUGUCGCAUAACAAAUUGACUUACUUACCUGAAUUCGUCUUAAUUCAAGUAAAUUUAAAAAUUCUGGAUGUCUCCCACAAUUGCAUAAAUAAUUUCGAUGAUGAACCUAAGUUUUGUAACACAUUAGAAGAAUUAAAUAUUUCCAAUAAUAAUUUGAAAGGACCACCACUCUGGAUUUGGUUGUCUACCCCUCGAAAUUUAGAAAAACUUGAUAUCAGCUGUAAUCCAAAUAUAGCUUCUACACCAAACUGUGACAAGUUUCUAAAGAUUCUAGAUUCCACAACUCUACUUACACAUUUGAAUAUACAUCAUUGCAAAUUAAGAAAAAGCUAUGAUUUACUGACAACAUUUCCAAAAGUAAAAAUGUUAAAAAUUGGAGAUGAAGAUUAUAAUCAUCACUACAUAUGUAAUAAUCUACUAGAAGUGCCAUGCAAAAGCUUGAUCAAAUGCUGUGAUAUAGAAUCAUUAAAUCUAUGUAAUACCAAGUUGUAUACUGUGAACUCUGACAUAGAUAUUUAUAAAAAUAUGAGACAUAUAGAUUUGUCUUUUAAUUAUAUACACAGUUUACCAGAUGAAUUUUGUAAUUUAUCAAACUUAGAAGUAUGCAUAUUAUCUUGCAAUAAGCUAUUAUAUUUACCUGACAAUAUUUACAAGUUAACUAAACUUAAAAAGCUGUUGCUAGAUAGUAAUGAACUCUGCAUGUUGCCUAUAAAUUUAGAUCAAUUAACAAAUUUAAGAAUUCUUGACUUGUAUGAUAACAAUUUGUAUGAAAUUCAUUAUGAUAUCACAAAUCUAGAUGAAAUAGACUUUGCUCAGAAUUAUUUUGAAGAAGUACAAGAUAAUGAAUAUGUUAUAAAAAAGCAGAGGUUAAGACUGAGCCGUGAUUUUAGGAAUGAAGGAAGGAAAUUAGAAGAAAAGGAAUCAAAUGAUGAGUUCUCAGAUGAUGAUGAUCUAUCUGAGGUGUCUGCAAGCAAAGAAUGUCCGAAAUCAGAAUAUGAUCCGCCAAGUUCGCCAGAAGAUUGGGAUUCGGAUGAUUAUUGGAUACCACAGUAUUAUAGGACUAUGACACCACCAAUGUCACCAUGGGCCUACUUCGUAAAACAGAAAAUAGACGAGGGCAACUUUUGUCCAAUAGAUGCACAUCCAGUGUCUGUUGUGGAAAAAGUUAAAUACGAGAAACUGUGCAACCCUGUUGAAGAGCAUGAGUCCGAUGGUCAGUUUGAUGACUGUACCGAUGAUGAAAGCUGAUUAGUAACUAAAAGCAAUAAAAGAAGACAUCUGCUUGCUAUAGUAAUUCCUACAAUAAUUUGACAAAGUACAACUUGUAUGUGCCUUAGUUGAUAUUUGAUAAAAAUCUGGCCUAAAUUGUGACAAAUUGUUAAGUUUCAACUCAUUUAAAUGUUAACUGCCAGUACUGGAUUCAUAUGACUGGUUUCAUAAUAGAUUUUAUAUUCUAGAACCUAUGUUAUAUAAUUUCUGUGAUGUUAUUCUGCAUAAUAUUUAAAGAGUUAAGGUUAUGAUUUUUGUUUACUGAAGUCGAAUAUUUAAUUACAUUUGUUCCCACUCACAUUGAGGGGCAGCACUAGAUUUAAGUUAAUCCAAUAUCCCAAGUAGACAUCAGAUAUUAAGUUAAAAGUUUACAUGCCAAAACAAAGAGUCAAUAUGAUUAUCA